AUGAUGGAGGCUGCACAGGGUCGACCUUGGUCGGAUCUUCAGCCAGAACUCUUGGGCCUUGUCCUCAGCCGCCUCCCCUCCCUAGCUGACCGUGUUCGUCUGAGGGCAGUCUGUCACCCAUGGCGCUCUAAUAGUCUGCAGCAACCGCUUCCCCUCCCAUUCCCAUGGCUCACCCUCCCUAAUGGUACUUUUUUCAGCAUCCCAGGUAGUGAGGUUCACCGCAUGCCUGUACCAAAUGGUGCUAGUUGUCGUGGCUCAAUUGAUAACUGGCUAUUCCUCAUUCACAGUGAUGAUGAGUGCACAUUGAUGAACCCUUUCUCCAAGAGCAUGUUGGAGCUUCCCAACCUUGCCACAGUUCGGCAGCGUGAGGUUCACUACCAAUCUAAUCCUGAACAAUUUUUGUACAAGUUGGUGGCACCCUCGCCCCUGGAUUCAUCACCAGAUUCACUUGUUGCGGCAUUGAUCAUUGGUGAUGGGAUUAUGAAAACACUUUGUGUGAGCCAGCCACCGAUUGUCACUUGCUCGUUCAGAUUCAACAUGCGACCAUUACCGGGCCUAUUGGAUGUUGCAUUCUUGGAUGGAAAGUUGUACGUGUUAUCAGGCAGUGGCAAGCUCUACAUCCUUGAGUUCUGCAAGAAUCUUGGUAGCAAUUCAAACAUCAAAUCCAUAAUUGACGAUUAUGGUGAUUUUCUUGAUAUGCCAGAAUGCUUUCCCAGAAAGAAGAUAUAUAUGCUCAAGUUCUAUCUAGUUGAAUGUGGUGGUGGACUGUUGGUGGUGAAACGAUUUAUUCGUGUCAUGGGCCCUUUUCCCAGGGAUGAUCCCUUUGGAAAUACCCAGACUGCUGGAUUUGAUGUCCUGAAGGCAGACUUGCACUCUAACCCUUGCCAGUGGAGAAGGAUCAGUGAGUUGGGUGGCCAUGCUCUCUUUGUUGGCCAGCAUGGCUCCAAGUCUCUGCCUGCUACAGAAUGCUGUGGAUCCCAAGAGGAUUGCAUCUACUUCAUUUUUUACCACCCUCCUCCAAAGUUUUCUCCGAAUCCAUUUUACGGCUGGUGUGUACAACAUGAGAAAUGGGAGGAUCACGCCAUUGAUGUCUCAGACUGCAGCACCUGCACAUGA